AUGGAGGAGCUAAGGAAAGUUAUUCUGCUCAUUCUAUUCCUGUUAAGUGCAGCAGAAACACGGUCAGAGCCUCAGGUCCCUUGCUUCUUCAUCUUUGGUGAUUCUCUAGUGGACAAUGGAAACAACAAUGGCCUCCUUACUCUUGCAAGAGCUAACUACAUGCCUUAUGGUGUUGAUUUUUCGGAGGGGCCUUCGGGCAGGUUCAACAAUGGUCGAACCACCGUUGAUGUUUUAGCUCAACUAUUAGGCUUUCGAAAUUUCAUCCCUUCCUAUUCAACCGUGCAAAGAAAUGAAGUGCUUAGAGGAGUAAAUUUUGCCUCAGGAGCAGCUGGCAUCAGAGAUGAAACAGGAAACAACUUGGGUGAGCAUUACUCAUUCACAGAGCAAGUAGAGCAUUUUCGACAAGUGGUGCAGGUCAUAAGGAGGCUAUUCCAAAGAAAUGACACAAAGCUAUUUGAUCAUCUAAGCAAAUGUAUCUUUUUUAUUGGUAUGGGAAGCAAUGACUACCUUAACAAUUACUUCAUGCCCAACUACUACACAACAAGCUCUGACUACAGUCCCACUACAUAUUCAGCUGUCCUCCUGGAAGACUACUCAAGGCUCUUAAAUCAAUUAUAUGAAUUAGGUGCAAGGAAAGUAGCAGCCAUAGGCCUUGGAGAAAUUGGUUGCAUACCUUAUGAGCUAGCAAGGCUUAGUAGUUCAAACAACAAAACUGGAAGUAGAUGCAAUGAGAAGAUUAACAAAGCCAUCAACAUAUUCAACAUUGGACUUCUGCAGAUGGUGAAGAGAUUUAACCGUGACAUGGAAGAUGCUAUGUUCAUAUAUGUCAACACCUAUGAAAGCUCGAAGGAUCUUGUCAAGAAUGCAAUGGCAUAUGGCUUUAAUGUAGUUGAUAAAGGGUGCUGUGGGGUGGGAAGGAACAAUGGGCAGAUCACUUGCCUGCCAUUGCAGACCCCUUGUGCAAAUCACAGCAGCCAUUUGUUCUGGGAUGCAUUUCACCCCACUGAAGCUGCCAACCAAAUCUAUGCCACAAAGGCGUAUAAUUCAACGUCAUCUUUGGAUGUGUAUCCGAUGAACAUUAAGCAGCUUGCAUUAGCUUGA